AGCCGUGAGAGAGAGUCAUUAAUUAAACUCUGCAAAGUGGAAGAUCUCUAAGUGUUCGUCCUCUCUUUUGGUGUAUGCUCUUCCUUCCUUUAUAUAGGUGCUAAAGGAAUGGAUGCUCAUUAAGGUUCCUCAACUGCUUCAUUACCGAUUGGUGUGUUAAGAUCCAUACUCCAACUGUGAUGGGGAAGACUCCUGGAAAAUGGAUUAAGACCUUAUUUCGGGGAAAGAAAUCCUCCAAAUCUGACUUUAAAGGAAGAGAUAUUCUGAAAUCUGCGAACACAGGAGAGUCAUUGAUUUCUUCUAAAGUGCCUGUCUCUGAUUCACUUGUGGCUCCUCUGUUGAUCUCACAACCUACUCUUGAGACUGGUUCUAGAAUUGGAGUGGACUCAAAAAAUGGUGUAGCCGCAGAAUUAACAGAUGAAGGGGUUAAUCUUUUGUCUGCAAAAGGAGAUGGAAGUCUUCAAACAGUUAUUGAUUUGGGUUCGGAAAAAGACCCUGAUAGAAUUCUGCAUAACCAAGCUGCCACAAGGGCCCAAUCUGCAUUUAGAGGUUAUCGGGCUCGCCGUGCAUUUCGAACCCUCAAAGGCAUCAUCAGGCUCCAAGCUCUUAUUCGUGGUCACUUGGUUAGAAGACAAGCUAUUUCUACAUUGCUCUGCAUACAGAGAAUUGUUAAGUUUCAGGCGCUGGCUCGAGGUCAGAAGGUGAGACGGUCUGAUAUUGGGAUUGAAGUACAAAAGAUAUGCAGUCAGGGAGUGGUUCUGGUAGACUGUUCGAAUUCAGCUGUAAUAAAUACAUUUACUGUAGCAGGGAAGCUCUCAGAAAAUGCUAUUAUUCAGAAGCUUUUGGCUUCAUCACCUUCUGCAAUGCCUCUACACUUGAGCUACUAUCCGGGGGAACCUAACUCUACUUGGCAGUGGCUUGAGCGCUGGACAAAGGCACUAUUUUGGCAACCCCACCUGCAAUCAAAGAAGAAUAUCCAAUCGAAGUCUCAAAUCAAGCGUGGCAGUUCAAAAACUGUAGAAACUAACAGCAACGUGUUGAAGAGAAAUGUCAGAAAGUCAAGUCUAAAUACUAAAAAUGGUUCAGUUCGUUCUACUUAUGAGUCUGAGAAAUCUAAAUGCAAUCCCAGGAAAGUUUCCACCUAUCCUGUUGAUUCUGUUCAUGAACAUCCACAAAAUGAUUUUCUGAAGGUAAAACGCAAUUUAAGAAAGAAUUCUAGCUCCACAAGAGAAGCAACUGAGCAAUUGGAGGUUGAUAAUGAGAAACGAAAGCUUGGUCCAAAAAAAUCAUCAAAUGCUGCUGUCCCUGAUGUUCCAGCACAUGGGAACAGUGAUUCUUUUGAGAAGAUGAUCAAUGUGUCUUUGUCAGUGUCUAAACAUUCUGAUGUUGACACAGCUUUGAAAUUGUCAGAAGAUGAUGGUCCAGUUGAUGCAUUACCUGACCAUCCAGCACCUGACUUGCAACCUACAGAGAGCAAUGGUAAGGUUGAAAAUACACAAGGGACAAAUGAUGAACUAAAUUCUAAGGAUCAUCAUAUUAGCAUUAAGAACCAAAAAAAUAGCCAGAGAAGAGCCUCUUUGCCCGCAAAAAUUGAUCAUCAAGAAAAUGUGUUACAUAGUACACCAAAAGUGCCUAUCUAUAUGACACCAACUGAAUCUACCCCAAAAGUGCCUAGCUAUAUGGCACCGACUGAAUCUGCCAAGGCUAAGCUUAGAGGACAAAGCUCCCCCAGGUUUUCACAAGAUUUAGUUGAGAAUAAUGGUAUAGCCAGGCGGCAUUCUCUGCCAUCUUCCAAUGGUAAGCCAAGUUCACUGUCUCCAAGAGUAACAAGACUUGUUCAAGCAGCUGGCAAAGGAGUAGUCAGACCGGAUCGAUCCCUAACAUCUUCUCGAGAUGGUGGUGGUGUUGAUGCAUGGAUAUUAAGGAUGAUUUACUUCAUCUCUGCAGAUAGACAAGGUGAUCCAAGCAGAGUGGAGGAGGUGAUUUGCAGUCUAUCACGAAAAGUCAAUCAAAGAGGUGAAACAAAAAUGUUAAGUAGGAUUCAUUUAUGUCUAAGAAUUGUAGAACAAUGAAUUGGAUACGUCAGGUCCUACAUGAUGUGUGGUUUGUGCCAAGCGAUUUCAAUUUUCUUAGUUGGGGUUGUGAGUGGGUAAAUAUUUAAAGGUUCCAGAGCAUGGGCUGGUUUCUUUCGUGUUUUCUUUGCUGUACAAUUAAUUUUGCUGCAUUUUUAACUAUUAGAUAUUCAAGUGUGUAGAAUUUCUAUUUCAAAUUUCAACAGUGCGACGGAAUCGUUGAAAAAUAGAUACUAUAUAUGUAUCUACUCUGGGAAAUCUUGUUAAUUUUAAAUAUAAAUCUCGGACAAUGGCCCAUUGA